CUAGAUGGCGCUUCCUUAUAUAAUAUGUCUCUUCUAACGCUACGAAAGAACAACUAUAUAGCAAACUUCUGUCAUCUCAUUAUAUCUACUGAAUUUGAAAGCAUGAUCAAGUAAUUUUUUUAUCAAACUAAAAAGGAUGCCGGCUUCUAGUAGCUGCUCCAGCAGCGUGCAGUUGUCGUCGCUUGGUGCGCCAGAUUCGCUGCCAGCAUGCACAUCAGUGGGAAACGUUACAGUAAGCUGCCGUCUGGAUGACGGAGAGGAAAGCGUGUCGUUUGUGCUGAGUCUGGCAAACGAAACGCAUCGAGCGAGGUACUCGCAGCUAAAAGAAUGGGCAGAAGAAGAUAUUAACGAUGGACGAGGUGAGACUCACGAGGCAAAACGACGCAAGGUCGACGAGACAAGCAAAGAGAAGCGGGACAACAAUUGUCACCCAGUAGAAACGCAGGACUCGUCCCCACAAAUUCUGCGAAAGCGUGGAGAAGAGGCAGCUCCAGCCACUGACCAUGAGCGUAAGGAGCGAGCUUCUGUUAUGGACAGGGUUGGCAGAGACGGCAUGAGCUUGCGCUUUCUGGAGGAGAAGUGGAGAGCAGACCGUGAGGUAGUUUUGGAAGCUGUCAAGGACACUGGCGAAGCGUUGGCAUUUGCGCCCGCAGAAUUUC